CGACGGUGUUGGUGAUGCCUUCGGGGGUAUAAAUAUGCCGACGGCUUACCUACUUGACAAACACUUGCUGUUGGCGAUUACGACUGCAUCAUGUACACGGCAUUGGUAACACUUCUCGCCCUGACGGCCUGCGCUUUAGCGCGACCCGCCGACGAGCCGAUCGCCAUCGUCGCCCAAACCCAGGAUGGACCGAACCCCGACGGUUCCUACAAAUGGAGCUACGAAUCGGCGAACGGAAUUAAGGCCGAGGAGGAAGGUUCCGUGGUGAACGCCGGCGCCGAGAACGAGAGCACUGCCGUCCAGGGUGGAUACAGCUACACCGGCGAAGACGGGGUCGUCAUUUCCCUGACCUACAAGGCUGGGGAGGAGGGCUUCCAGCCGGAGGGUGCGCACUUGCCAACCUCCCCGCCAAUUCCCGAUGCCAUCCAGAAGGCCCUUGAGUGGAACGCGGCCCACCCUUCGAAGGAAGAUGAGAACCAAGUUUGAUCCGGAUCCACCCCUGACCUGACCCAGCGAGUCCCCGUCCAGCCAGAGCCACCCCCAGUGCCUACGAUAUACUAACAUUGGUUAAAAUGUUGUACAUAUUUAUUACUUUUACUACAUACACGUAUGCAUAUA